CGCCCAAUUCGGUUUGUCCUGCCCUGCAUCAACGACGAAUUCGCGCGACACGCCGCCCUGGUGCCCUAGAGAAACUUUAUCGCAUACCGCGCCGUCCAUCCGUGAUCCAUCCAUCGCUGGGCUGUUUCUCUCUCUCUGCAAUCAUGAGCCAUGGCGAGACUCAACGAACAACCUGCCCCGGCUGAGAGCCACCUCGAGAUACUUCGGAGGAAGUUUUUGCGCCAGAAUCGAGACAUCGCGAAGAUCAACUCGGACCAGUCGCAGAAGAUCCGACGCCUCGAGAACGAUUGCGCCCGCCUGCUGUCCGAGAAUCUCGAACUCCGCGGCCAGAUCUUACGAUUGGAGAAGCAACUUGAGGAUAAUAGCGCGCGAAGGAUAGCCGACCAUGCGCUUGAGGUCAAGGCGAAGCUGGAACUGCAGCUCUCCGAGUUCGCCGCACUGCUGGGCACCCUAGGGGUUGAACCGCCUUCUAAGAGACGGUCAUCAGGCGAGCGGACUCUCGCAAAGCCCCGACCGAGUGUAGCCACCAGCCCGCCAAGGAGGAGAAGACGCGACACAACAGUGGAUGCAGAGACUCUGGCGGAGCAGGAGGGAAGGUUGCCGCCUAUCUACGAGAACAAAACGUACCCGAGGGCCACGAUGAACAGCGAAGAAAUCCUGGCUUUGUGCGCGGCCGCUGCCGACACGAGUGAUUCGCCCGAUCUGGGCCCGCCGCCUGUAUCACGCUUUGUCGACGAAGACGCAGUCCAACACGACUCGCCCGCACAGGCGGAUGUGCCCGACAGCCCGAAGCCCUCUCUGCCGCUUCCGCCGCUGUCCCCACUUAACUACGACAGAGUCCCGUCCAGAAGCCCGGAGCCGAGUGGGGAGUUGGAAGGCAUAGUAGCCAAACAAGCUACGCCGAGCAAAGAGACAAGUUCUGCUACGCCAAGCAAGGAGACAAGUUCUGCGAGACAGGCCGUGCCAGAACCCGUGGUGCAGCCAAUUAGGGCGGGUGCGAAGAGGAAGUACGGCGACGACAAUGAACCUAUUCAGCGUGUUAUGGUACACCCCGGAAAGGAAAAUGACGUCGCCCCGGGGAAGACAUUCCCGGCGCGCGGAGGUCAAAAGAGAAGGAGCAUCAAAGACCUUUCCAGCAGCAGGCGGGAGAAAGGAGGCGCAAGAGUACCGCUUGCCACGAAGAGCACCAAUGCAGACUUGUCAUCGCCGCUGAAAUCCGGGGAGGUUGCACCUCUCAAGGAGGUGAAGAAGGAACAAGAGCAGGAUGCAAAGCGUUCCAUUCCAAAGGGCGAGGCGAAUGUGCCGAAAUCACUGCCCCGGGUUGAAAUUCCUGCACCCGAGACCCCAGCAAUUGCUGAGGUUUUACUCGAAGCUGAGACCGCUCUGCCACUGGAGAUACCGACCUCACCAUCCACCCCAGAUCAUGCGAGGAAGAAGGAGGUGCCGCACGAUACCCCUCCGCCGGCCGACAUAUCCUCCACCGGCGAAACGUCUCGCCCCAGCCGUCGCGCGAGGGCUCCCAUAAGCUACGCCGAACCCAAUCUGCGAGACAAGAUGAGACGGCCCACUAAGCAGCUUUUCGAUGCUGUUACUGGGGAGGGCAAGUUUGUUCACCGGGUCAUGGCCGCCAAGCUGGAUGACCGUCACACAGCCCCGACCUCUGUCGGCAAGGUGAAAGCGGAACCAGGGAGCGCCGCCAGCAGAAGCAGUAAGACCUCCUCUGCCGCGGACCCGACCGUCGAGGCUCAACAACGCGCCCUUGUGAGCCCGCUGGCCCAAAAAGACGGCUUUUCGGAGACUUUGCCGAGCACAGUAGUAACGGAGCGCCGGAAACGGCCAUCAGCUGUUGGCAGCAGUCGGGAGUCCCUCGUCGCUCUAAACAGAUCAGAUGGUACGACUGUUACUUCGCCUACCACGAAUGCGCAACCGGGCAACUGCCAGCAAAGCGCCGGCAGCUCCAUGACGGAAGCGAGCCUCGGCCACGACAGGAAACAGCAGUCUGCUCCGGGCCCAUCAGCAGAAGUGGACAUCUACGACUUCUCCGCCUCCUCCCCGGCUCCCUCAACUACCAAGGAGCCAUCUCAAGCCGGCAGCGAGCCCGCCAAGCCCGCCGCAGCAGCCCACAGCAGCAGCAGCAGCAGCGUCCAACCGUCGAGGACGAGGACAGCAAGGAAAUCCUCCAUGGCGGCCGCCGCGGCGCUGCGCACGCUGCUCGACGAGGAGGCCGAGGACGCCAAGUCCAGCUCGCCGCCUCCGCGGCCGCGGUCUGCUGCUGCGCACGCGCGGAAGCGGGCGUCGAUGCUCGCGCCCAAGAAGAGCUCCAUGCUGGAUGCCCUGGAGGACGCCGCCGAGGACGUGGCGAACACCAGCGGCUCUAGCGCAGCUUCCCACGAGGGCGACGCCGUCGCGAAGGACAGGAUCUCCCGCCGGCGGAGCAUGAUGCUAUGAUUUUUCUCUUCUCUCUCUGCCCUGCUUUCCGCUUUCCGCUUUCCUGCUCCGUUCUUCUGCCUGUUGGCUAUGAGCAUGAUGAUACAUACACCUAUACAGACUCACACUCACAGCGUUUGGCGUUUUUGUUUUGUGUGAAUGAGGAGGGUUGGGUUCUCAAUGGAGGUUGCUGCUUGCUGGUUCAGGACAAGACCGCAGGGAGAACGCUUGGCUUGCUUCC